AUGACAAGUUCAUCAACUUCUUCUUCUCGUUUUCCUCGAAUCUCCACUUAUGGUGUGCCCACAAGAUGUUGGUGUGGAGAGGGCAUAACAACUUUUGGUUCAUCGACCGCAGAGAAUCAGUAUCGACGAUUCCACAGAUGCGAAAUUGCAAAAGGUAGAAAAUCUGAGAAUCAUCUAUUUAAAUGGAUUGAUGAAGCGUUGAUUAACGAGAUGCGGAUGGUAAAUGCAAAACAUGAGAGGGUUGCUCAAGGGCUUACGAACUUUGAAAAAAGGGUCAUGGAAAAAGUGAAGUCUGAGAUUGCUAGAAUUGAACAUGAGGUGUCGCAAAAACUCAAAGAGAAGGUGAAGUUGGAGAUUGCUAGAGUUGAAAAAGAGAUGAAACAGAAGCUAAAGAUUGCAACAGUGGCUAUGGUUGUUGUAGGAGCAAUCGUAGGGAUAUGGAAUUCUCUUACUGUCUGA